GGGGGGGGGGGGGGGGAUAAAGGAGGUGUGAAAUUUUUUAACAAUGGCAAAUCGGAUGAAGGAAGACGAGAGAAUUGAAAGAACUAUCCGCGGUCUUUUGAGGCUUCCUGAGAAUAGAAGAUGCAUCAAUUGCAACAGUUUGGGACCACAAUAUGUUUGCACAACUUUCUUGACGUUUGUUUGCACAAACUGCAGUGGAGUGCAUCGGGAAUUCACUCACCGUGUAAAAUCAGUAUCGGUUGCUAAAUUCAGGGCUGAAGAAGUUAGUGCUCUUCAAGCAGGGGGAAAUGAGCGAGCAAGGCAAAUUUAUUUCAAAUCUUGGGAUACUCGGCGCCAACUUUACCCUGAUGCAAGUAAUAUUCAAAGACUUCGGGAUUUUAUUAAGCAUGUCUAUGUGGAUAGAAAAUACACCGGAGAGAAGAGUACGGACAAGCAGCUCCCUAGACUGAGAUCGAAUGAAAAGAAGGAAUCUUAUGAAAGCACAAAAGUUCAAGCGUAUCGUGGUGGGUCUAGAAGCUCUAGUCCUGGUCGGCGAAGUGAGGAUGGAAGUUUCAAAUAUUAUUAUGAUGAAAGAAGAAGUCCUCAAUAUUCACAAGAAAAUUCAAGAUACGGAGGUUUCAGGAGAAACCCUGUCCGCUUCGAGAUUGUUGAUGACAGGUUUCGAGAAAAUGAGUAUGGAUCCCGUAAUUUCUCACAAUUUCCAAAGAACAUAGAUAGGUCCCUUUCACCAGUGGUACGCUCUCUUAGAGAUAUUUUGGGAGACGGCAUUCCUCCCCUACAGGUAGGCGAACUUUCUACAGCAAUUAACGGGAAGGAUGCUGAUGGUUCUCCCCAUUCUCAGAAGAUUGAGUCUUCCAGUGACCAGUGUUCCACUGAUAAGAGCCCAGCAGAACAUAAACACAAAAUUUCAGGAAGCUUGAUUGAUUUAAGUACUGAUUCUGAUCCCCUCGAUGCUGAAACAAUACCACAGACACCACAGAUGCCUCACUCAGAUAGUGUUGGCGACAUGGCCUCAAUUCAACAGCCUACAAAGGAGAAGGCAUUUCAAGUUCCAAGCGCAAAUACUUUCGAAUCUUUAAUAUUUGAAUUGUCAGUACCCCCAGUUGUACCCGCUAGUGGCAUGUCUGAAGGGCCUAGCAAUGAUGAUACACUAUCAACCUCAGCCACAGGCACCACCCCUACAGGUGUACAGCAGAUGCCCGGAUUACCCAUUAGUGCUGGAGCUUCUACAACAGCGUCAACUACACACUAUACGCCAGAAGAACCUUUUGACAUUGGUUCUCCACAAGCUGCACCUAGUGACAAUGGUGACAAUAUUAAAAUUUCUGACAAACCAUUCAACAUCCAGCAAUAUCAUCCUACCGCAUCCUCAGCUGCAGAUAACAGCCCUGUCAUGCAACAGACUAAUACACCUGUUCGAGCUUCAAAUGAUCAGCUGUGGAUUUCCUUGAGUCUCCCUGAUGGACAGGGGCAUGUGAGCGCUCCUACUGAACAAUCUUCUCAAGCUGUCUCAAAAUCAGCACAAGACACCGGUUCUGGAGCUGGAUCUGAGCCUCUUUCAGUGGAAACCCAGUCUAAUGGAAGAAAGGAACUUCCUGCGGACCUUUUUACUGCAGCCUACGCAGCAGUCGCAGCGCCUGUUGCAGGUUGGCAAAAUGGUUCUCCUUAUGGCAUGGGAUUUGGCAUGCAUUAUUAUCCUAAUGCAAUGACGGUUUCAACAUUUCCCAACUCAGCAAGAUCAACAAACCCAUUUGACCUUAAUGAAGAAAGAACUCAAGUAGAAGCCCCACCAGUACGCACAAAACUGAAACUGAUACUGAUACUAUAUACUAGGAUCAUUUUUCCUUCCAUGGCAUCUUUGCAAGGUGCACUCCCAAAUGUGUCGGCUGCUAGCCCCUUAUUAUAUACUUCCAGCCUUAGUACCCAGUCUUCAGGUGCAUACAUAGGGACACAAGCACAUAAUAAUAUGCCACCAUCCAGAUCACAAGGACUCAGUGGGAUUGGCAGUGAUUGUGUCUUUGGAUCCUUAAACACAGCUCAACAGUCAACUGGAAAAUACUCAGCAUCGAGCAGUCCAAAUCCUGUUUCUUCAAUGGGAGGAAAUCCUUUUGGAUAAGUAAAAGAACAAUAUGAUUUGCCUAGUGAUCUGGUGGCUUAUUUCUUAUAUUUCUGCCAAGUGAUCAAGGGUAUUAAAACAUUGCAAAUGCUCAGAGAAGUGCAUGGAUAAAUGCAUUUCACUUCAUCCUUUCAUAUGAUUUGCUGUCACCAUUUAUAAUACUACUGUACUGUAGCUAGAGCCUUUGAUUGCUGUAUGUAUGAAAUGAUGUAUCUUUUAAUCAAUAAAAUUGAGAAAGAGAACUUAGUACCA